CCAUGCCAGAUCAUCAUCAGUCAUGGACAGGCUGCAUAUUUUUCUGCUCAUUGUCACAGGAGUUGUUUUCUGCAGUCAUGAUGGGAUCUCUGGAUCAGUGUUGGAGGUUACAGUCAGACCAGGAGACAACAUCACUCUGUACUGUGACUGUAAAACAUCACCUGGAGUAUUCAUAGUGUGGUUCAGGAACUGUUCUCAUAUGAACCAGCCUUCUCUUGUUCUGAGAACAAAAUAUGAGGGAGGUGUGGUCCCCAGAGACUCUAAAGAAAUUCUGAAUCCAUUCCCUCAUUUUCAUUUGCUGAAGAACCAAUCCUUUCGAUCCUAUGACCUGCUGAUCAUGAACAUCACUGAUUCAGAUGAGGGCCUCUACUACUGUGGAACUGAACGGAACAUGGUGGAGGAUAAGACAACAAUUUCUCUCAGAAAGGUUUACAGUUAUGGAAAUGCCACAAGGAUCACAGUCAACUCCAGUGACUCCAGUUCAUGCCCUGUUGUGUCUGUUGUGCCUGCUGUGUCCUGGAUAGUGAUGUUGACUCCAGCCUUCACUGUUUUCUCUUCGCUCUUCUCUUUUAUUUUGGUUUAUCAUCUUAAUCACAAAACAGAUAAAGACGUUCAUCAGAAAAAACUAAACACCAGAGGUCAAACAAGAGGGAAUCAGGAUGAAGAUUUGUGUUUAACACGAGUUGUGUUCCAGGCUCAGCAUGGACAAACCCACCAGUAGGUAGAAGAUGGACAGAGCAAACACUGUUUUAUUCCAAAAAAGGGGGGAAUUUAGUCAAAGUGCACAGUUUAAAGGUUCUACUUGUAAGAAUCAGAAAUUCCUUAUCAUUAGUGACACCCAUGGCUGAUAAAUGAGCUGUAGUCAACAUCCUAGUGCUUGCGCAGGUGAUGUCUUUUCCCUAGCUUACACUUCUCAUAAUUACAUAAAAGAUUUCUAACAUUGUGUUUUGCACCGUGUUUCAGCAAAUCAUCCCUCACUUCCAGUCAGUCUUCACAAUUCUACAUUAAGAACCUUUAAGUUGUUAUUUCCUCUUGCUUUUCCAGCCAGUUAUUGUAUGCGUGUGUGCAGCUGUGAGUACAUGAUUGAUGAAGUCAUGAGGCUGAUAAUCAGCCUCAUAACAACCUCUCUCUCAAUUCAUUUUAAAACAGCGCUUGCUUGCUGACUUGUUUUGUUUUGUUGUUUUUUACUUAAAAAGCUGUGUGCUAGUAAAAAUACCAUGUUAUCAAAGUUAAUAAAACGCU